AUGUUUAUUGAACAAGUCAAGAACUCUGCCUACCACUCUCGUUUCCAAACCCCAUUCAGAAGAAGAAGAGAAGGUAAGACUGACUACUACCAAAGAAAGAGACUAGUCGCUCAACACAAGGCUAAGUACAACUCUCCAAAGUACAGAUUAGUUGUCAGAUUCACCAACAAGGACAUCAUUUGUCAAAUUGUCUCUUCCACCAUCACUGGUGAUGUUGUCUUGGCCGCUGCUUACUCUCACGAAUUACCAAGAUACGGUAUUACUCAUGGUUUAACUAACUGGUCUGCUGCUUAUGCCACUGGUUUAUUAAUUGCCAGAAGAACUUUACAAAAGUUAGGUUUGGAUGAAACCUACAAGGGUGUCGAAGAAGUUGAAGGUGAAUACCAAUUAACUGAAGCCGUUGAAGACGGUCCAAGACCAUUCAAGGUCUUCUUAGAUGUUGGUUUACAAAGAACCACUACUGGUGCCAGAGUUUUCGGUGCCUUAAAGGGUGCUUCCGAUGGUGGUUUAUACAUUCCACACUCUGAAAACAGAUUCCCAGGUUGGGAUUUCGAGUCCGAAGAAUUAGACACUGACUUAUUAAGAAACUACAUCUUCGGUGGUCACGUUGCUGAAUACAUGGAAGAAUUAGCUGAUGAUGAUGAAGAAAGAUUUGCUGAAUUAUUCAAGGGUUACAUUGCUGAUGACAUCGAUGCUGACUCCUUAGAAGAAAUUUACGCUUCCGCUCACGAAGCUAUUAGAGCUGACCCAUCUUUCAAGCCAACUGAAAAGAAAUUCACCAAGGAACAAUAUGCUGCUGAAUCUAAGAAAUACAAGCAAGCUAAAUUGACCAAGGAAGAAAGAGCUGCUCGUGUUGCUGCCAAGAUUGCUGCUUUGGCUGGUUCUGCUUAA